UCAAAGUGAGUAUAUUUUCUCCAAGAAACAUCAGGCUCUUUGUGUACUUCUUUGACAGAGCGAUUGAAUUAUCUCAGAGAACACUAUAUUCGCGAUGUGGUAACUACAGAGGGUUCAAGUUUUCCGUACCGUUUAAGAUUUGUGCUGCCUGCGCGUGUGGAUAAAAUUUGCUGUUGAAUUGUCGAAUAGGCUGUAAAACAAAAGAAAACAAGUAAUACUUAGACCUUUUGUUUUGGUUCCGUGUUCCGCCGCGUGGGUGGCGUUCUGUCUGUGACGCAGACGCUUGUCCAACACGUCGUAAUCAGCUGGUAGCAGGCGAACGGCGCAGUGAAAGUGGCGGAGGGGCAAACAAAGAAGCGAGCGAGCGAUACAGCGACAGUUGCGAAAUGAACGCCAGGGACGGCGGAGCUGCGCCGAAAUAGAUCGCGGAUCUAAACAAUCAUAUGAAAUGCCAUCGCUUCUAGAGGCCUUAGACAAAAAGUAUGGGAAGGAGGAAGAUGACACUUUGGACCUGGACGUACCCAUAGCAAUCUACGUUCCGAAGAAAGGACCCAGAAGGUGUAUCCCGUCCCUGUUGGUGCUAAACGACUGUGAUAUUGAAUCAGCCGGAGAUGAAGACCAGCUUGGACUCAAAUGUCAUGGUGUAGAGGAGUUAGACUUGGCUCAAAACAGGCUGUCCAGAUGGAGAGAGAUCUUCGGCAUACUGCGCCAGAUGCCACGCAUCAGAUUUGUCAACUUGAGUUUCAACGACCUCCGAGAGGACCUCAUGUUCCUGGACAACAAUAAUUCUUUCCGCUUUCUUCGGAACCUGGUGCUGAACGGCACACGGAUUGACUGGAAGAGCGUCCGCAGCCUGCUGAAGAUUCUUCCCAGUUUGGAAGAGCUGCACCUGAGUUUGAACGAGUACAGCCACGUGGACCUGGAAGCAACCUCUCCAGUCGGCAGCAGCAACGGCAGCGCCAGCGUCGACAACCGAGAAGACCGACUGCAGCAGCAGGACGGUAGCUCGCACCCUCACCCUCACCCGGACCCGCAGGCGGUGCUGCGUGGCGACGUGCCGGCACCCACUGAUGAUGCGCCCUGCCUGCCGCCACACUACCAGUUCACCGGUGUCCGGAGGCUCCACUUCACGGGGAACCCCAUCACACAGUGGUCGGAAGUGGCGAAGCUGGGGCGUGCGUUCCCGCAGCUCGAAUCACUCGUGUUGGCAGACUGCCCACUAGAGUCACUCGACACGGGGACAGCAAACUUCGGCUCAGACAGCGGCUCGUCAGAGGAGAGUGAAUGCGAAUCGUGUGGCAGCAAAGUUGGAGUGGGUGAACAGCCACACACCUUUUUCCGGCAGCUGCGCUUCCUCAACCUGACAGGCACACACCUUCGCUCGUGGCGAGACAUUGACCGGGUCAGCCGGUUCCCCCAGCUUCAGUCCCUCCGCAUCUCUGGCUGUCCACUGUUCGAGGACUACACAGAACAUGAGCGGCGGCAGCUGCUCAUCGCGCGGUUACCAAAUGUCCAGACGCUGAAUGGUGGAGGAGUCAUCAGCUAUGAGGAGAGAGAAGACUCUGAACGGGCAUUCAUCCGUUACUACAUGGACAAGCCCGAAGCAGACAGACCUGAACGGUACAAUGACUUAGUAGCAGUCCAUGGGAAACUUGACCCUCUUGUCCAAAUUGAUCUCAGUCCAGAGAAAAAAGUUAAGGUGCGAGUGACCCAUGGCGAGAGCAGCGAGGUGCGCAGCAUGCUGGUCACCCAGACGGUGUGCGAGCUCAAGCAAAAGCUCACCUCCUUCUGCGGGUUGACGCCAGGUCGCAUGCGGCUCUUCUACAUCGACCAAGACAUUGGCACCCCUGAGGAGAUGAUCUACCCCAAUAAGCGGUUGUACUCCUACAAUAUCAGGUCAGGGGAUGAGAUACUCAUUGAUGCCAAACUUCAGAUGCAGCUCAGCAAGUAGGGCUAUGAAGUAGCUCACACCUCUUCCGGCGAUCUUCCAGUCUCCCAGGAGGUCACGCUCCGGGGCUCACACGGUCCGUGUUCGGAGCUCCCGUGCUGUCCCUCGGGCAUCGGCUUGUUCACAUUUGAUUGUUUAUAUUCUGUGAGCAUAUAAUGAAUGGCUGUGGGUACUGAAAGGUUACAACACUAGGUUACUUAACAGGGUGCAGGUCACCGAUGUAAACUACAGUGGAGACCCAGCCUGUGGGCACAUACAUAAACAUGUAGCAUUGCUUUGGUGUCACUCUGUCCUCUGUGGGCUGUGCAGCACUUCUGCUUCAUUAUGCUGUCAGCAUUAUGUUACCUCCUGAAAAAUAUGAUCUCAGACAGGAAUCCAGUCAUACAGUAUGUGAAAAAGUGAGAAUUAAUGGACUAUAUUAGUUCUUUGGCAUCGCCAGAGGCAACAAUAGAGACUUUUCCUGUGUUCACAUGUACAAGAUAAGUCUAACCAAAGUAAUGGAUAUAUGAGCAAAGAUGGAAAUCACUUGUACAACUUGAGCUUUGUUCUUAGUUCCCUGAGUGGAUGACAAAAAGUGUAGCUACAUUGAACAUCAUCUCCUGUAUCAGGAUUGGUUUAGUUUGGCCCACUCAGGACAUUUUACGUAAAGUAACAAAGCUUUGAUAGAUGUUUUGGAAAAAAUACAGUGUCUCCAACAGUAGAUGCAUGGUUUGCCACAAUCAUACUGUGGGUGUUUCCAUUUACAGAGUAUGUUCUUGUAGAAAUGACCAACUAUUUGGAAGAUGACAGAAUAGCAAUUUGAAGUUAAAAAGUUCAUAUAGACAUAUGUUCUAUUCAGAAUGGUUACAGAGAUAUUUUUAUUUAUUUAUACCUGUAGGUGCAAUUGAAGACUUGAAAUAAAAAAGCCUCUAAGGGCUGAAAUCGUGAAUUUGAGGAAAAUGAAUUUUAAGUAUGCUCACUAAUGUUCGUUUGAUUGCAGUAUUAAUGUGUGUUAUAUGAAAGUUAAGCAUAGUAUGGAUCUAUUUUCAAAAAGAAAUUACAAACAUUAUAAUGUAAUUGUAUUAGAAAAAAAAACUGACUGAAUGUUUAAGUGCUAUGGGGAGCUCUGAGUGCACUAGUUCAAUACUCAGCAGAAGGCUAGUAAAGAGGACAAACAACUGAAACAGAAAUGUUCUUUGUUCAUACACUAAAAGUUGAUUCUGCAAUACUUUUGUAAAACUGUCUGUGGUUAUUAUUUGUCAGGUACUAUGUUAUUUCAGCCAAAUUUUUCAUUUUUCUUCAGAGACGUGGCUUGUAAUAUCCAAAGCAAAUAGUUGAAUUUUCUUCUUGUGCACUCGUUUACAUUUGGUUUCAACUACAUGAGGCUUAUGUUUGUCCAGCCAUAACCACUGUACUUUGGAAAUGUUUGGUUUUGUUGUGUUUAUACUACAGUCUGCUGCUUUCUUGAACUUUAUUGAGUCAGAUGCAUUCAUGUUACUGACCAUAAAUGGCUUUGUCUUUAUUACUGUGUUGUGUACUUUACAUCUUCUGGAACAACACAUUUAGUAGGCUACCUAUUUUUCUUUUCCGCUAAGAAGUGACAUGAUCCUUAAACUUAUGGUUUAUUUCUUCACAAACACUGAUUAUAACUAGGUACAUCCAGAGAAAGAGAACAUGCAGCAAUUUCAUUAGCACCACGCCCUGUCAAACCCUUGUGCCACAGAGUCAUGUAUACAUCAUCGUUAUCAGUAAUUUGCACACCAAAGUUGUGCAUGAGGUAAAACAUUUGACUGUGUGUCAAAGAUGGAACGAACAGCUCUUGUUGCAAAUCUAUGGAUGUUGUACAAAUUACACUACUGCGUUUCUCAGAUUUGUUCUGUUUCAUCGUAGUCAUAGCAUUUUUGGCCGUGUGUUGAUGUAACUCCAGAUAAGCUGUCAGUUCUUUUCCUCAUGAGGGUUAAUGAGAAUCUGUGCAUGUAACUGGUGACACUUGCCACACAUGAUGAAAAAGGAGCUUAGGGAAAUGUUUCCUAAAAGUAUCAUAACAAAAAUGUUAUGUGAUGUGUGAAUCGUGGUUGAUGUUCUUGAAGGCAUUCAACAUUUGAUGUACAGUGAGAUCAGGGCAUAGAUAUUCCUUUUUCCGUUUUGCAUCUGCUGUAGUGGCUUUGCUCUCGUGGAAAAGAUUGUAUAUUCUGUAACAGUUGAUAUUCUGUUUCAACACAGAAUUUUCUGUGUUGCUUCUUAUUGCCCCUUGUCUGCUUGUAAGUGGUAAGGCUUUUAUUCUUCUUUUCAGUUAGUACCCAGAUUUUCUUCUUAGUUAACGAAAAUGUUUCAGCUAACGUUUCUCUGCAAACUUGAACUAAGUGACCUUGUGAAUGUGAAACAGUUCAAUGAACAGUUGCUCGUUUCCCACUCUGUGAAAGGUCAUCAUAGGUACUAUCAUAUUUUCUCUUAACAUGAUACUUGCAUCUUCCAGGGCAUAAAAAUCUUCAAACAGACUAACUUGGUGUUCACUGCUUAGGUUCUCGUAUUUAUACAUGCAUGCUCAAGGAGGAGAACCCUGUGAACUACACCUCACAAACCCCCCCCCCCAUCUUUUUUUUUUUUUUUUUCUCUCAAUCAACAUAAUGUAGUUAGACCUUACUGUUGCGAGAACAAGAAUAAAAAUUUUGUCCAGGUACAGUGCAGGUUAGCGAACAGUAAUGAGACUUAACCUCCUCCGCCGAAUGAGCUUUUAAAGGAAUACAUUUAUUAUUCCCUCCAUUUUUCAGCUUUUUCCUCAUUGCAGCCACAGUACCUUGUCUUUUAAUUCAUCAUAACUCUCCACUGAAAGCGUUACAAACCUCUGCUAUUUUAUCUAACAGUGAGGAGUAAGCGCACGGAACAUAGUGCCAUUCGCAUUUUAACAACAGUGGCUGUUAAACCUCAUGCCAUCUGUUGAUUGCUUUUGGUACAUUUUCAUCAUGGCAUAUAGAUCCCAUUUUACACAAAACUUCAGAAUUCUUUAUUAUGGCACUUAGAGCCCUUUUUUAUUUCAAGUCUUCAAUUGGGAUGUUAUCCCAAUGGCAACUUCAACAUUUAACUUAUAGAGUGGCACAAACAGUAUUUUGCUUACCACAUGGCACAAACGAGAGAGACUUUUCUUUGGAUCCUUUGUGUUGCCAUGUGUGCACUUCUGUGCAUUGGCAAUAAUUUUGAAUAAUUCUAUAAUAAUAACUAAAAUUCAUGAGCAACCCAUUGUUAUGAAUGUUGAUUUUAAUUUUUUGAAACAAAAUAUGUACAUAAAUUUUAAUCUACAGACUUUUCUAGCACUUUUCAACAUGUUCUCCAUUUUUUUAUAUACAAUUUUCACACUGUCCAGAAAAUUCCCUUGUGGUAAAGUUGUUUUGCAUGUCAGUUGACAGUGAUUAAUUGUAGCAGUCCUUCCACAGCUGUUCUUUAAGAUGGUACCUGCCUCCUUAACUGAGUUUGUUAAUGAGUGCCUGAGUGGUACUUGACUCUAAGGUUAGCCAGUUUGAGUCCUGGCGGUGGGUGAUAUAUUCAUUGUCAGUAUUUAGCAGGCGAAUGGAGUAAAGGUGGUGGUGUACAGUUCCUGCUUGCCGGUCUUUGCACCGAGGUCACAGAUUAAAUUCCAAACCUCUCCACACUGUCUCUCAUCAAGUGAGGGCAUGUGAGACUGUCGAUGGUGAUCUGUUCAUCAGGUAGCUAUGUUAUGCUUGGUUGCCUCCAUGGUGUUGUUGAAGGGGAGUAGGCUGUGUGUUGGCAUUGUGCGUCACACUAUAUGCUCACCUACAGUUACACAUGUGACACUACCAUAUAUUCUCAAAGGAGGAGGCCAUUGUGCAGAAGAGCUCUAUCCAAGACAGCAUCUGAAUCUACCCCUUCAGGUCUCCUGGAUGAGCAUACCAACAUCUUUACUUUACUUUUAAAAUGGUAAUCAGAGAGUUUAGUGUUGGGACUGUGCCCUUCCUGUGAGGUAUACUGAAUAAGACUCCUAUCCCCCCACCUUUUUGAUGGUGUUCAAAUAGUGUGCAAAUGAACCCCUUCUUAAACACACCCUUUACGUAUCACACCACUGGCUUGAGGGCUAUAGCUCUGCAACACCUAUCUGUUGUUGUUGUUGUUAAACCACUAUCUCCAUUACACAUGUAUUGGAAUUGCAGUUGUAACAAAGGGUUGCUCAUGACUUUUAGUAUGACCCUCUUAGAAACCAUGUGCCACAAGAAACUAAUGUACAUGAAAUAUGUUGUACUUCACAAGGAGUUCAUAACAGUAAAUGUGUGUAUAUCCUUUUGCUCUCCUCCUCUCACCCCUCCCCCACAAGGAAAAAAAAUCCUUCGUGAACAUUCACUGUUCCUCCUGGGACACAUUGUAUCAUCUGUUGAAGAUAAUUUUAAUACCCAGCACUAAGCUUUAACUACAUGCAUUGCACUGAUCGAUUAAGCUGUGGUUUCAUAACAAUUCAUAUACAGUGUGCCUCAUAUGAGAGAGUUGCAGACAAAUAAUGUGAGAACACAUUUAAAGAACCUCUUCCUUUUAUCUGUCGUCGUGUGCCAUACACACUUGAAGAUACUAAUUGUCAUAUUUUAUGAACCUCGUCCAUCAAUAGUAGUGAUCAAUCUGUUAGGGUCAACAAUUUUCCUACACUUCACUUUGUAAAACCAAGAACAGCUACAUUAGAGCUUCUAGCAGGGAAAUCUGCCAGUUAUCAGUAUCAAAUAAAACAAUAUUUGAGAAUUGUUCAUCAAAGCAUUGUUACAUCAGUGCAUAAUGUGGAGGAACACCAGAGAGAGAGAGAGAGAGAGAGAGAGAGA